CGUGAGAGGGAGGUUUUCAGGCAGGUAGACAACAUCCUGUUGUUCGGGCGCUUCUCUCUCUUUUUUGCACAUCUGGCUGAACUGGGAGGCGGGUGGCUGACUCGUGUUGGGUUGCGGCAGCAGCAGCGGUGGCAUCUGUCCGCUGCCGUUCCACGCCUAGGUCCUCCCAAGAGUUCCCCAGGCCAUGGAGGCGGUGGCUGUGUAUCAUGGCAAAAUCAGCCGGGAGACGGGGGAGAAGCUCCUGCUUGCCACGGGUCUGGACGGCAGCUAUUUGCUGAGGGACAGCGAGAGCGUCCCGGGAGUGUACUGCCUGUGUGUUCUGUAUCAAGGUUACAUUUAUACAUACCGAGUGUCUCAGACAGAAACAGGUUCUUGGAGUGCUGAGACAGCACCUGGGGUACAUAAAAGAUUUUUCCGGAAAAUAAAAAAUCUCAUUUCAGCAUUUCAGAAGCCAGAUCAAGGUAUUGUAAUACCUUUGCAGUAUCCAGUUGAGAAGAAGCCCUCAGCUAGAAGUACACAAGGUGCUACAGGGAGAAGAGAAGAUCCUGAUGUCUUCCUGAAAGCACCAUGAAGAAAAAUAAAACACACCUUGUACUUUAUUUUCAAUAAUUUAAAUAUAUGCUAAGUCUUAUAUAUAAUUGAUAAUACAGUUCAGUGAGCUACAAAAGUAUUUCUGAAACCAUCAUAGUCCUGUAGUGGAAGCAUCUAUAGCAUGAUGUUAAAGCUGAAAUGGACUUUUCGGAUAAUGAGGAGCUUUGAAAUGAGGAUUGGGGAAAAAUAAUUCCACAGGUUAUUUUCAGUUAUUGUAUUUACAAACGGGAAAUGACUUAAAACAUAAUGAUACUUUAUAAAAGAUUAAUGUCAAUUCUUGCCAAAUAUAAAUAAAAAUAAUCCUCAGUUUUUCUCAAAAGCACCAUUUUUAGUGAAAUAUUAUUUGAUAGCUACUGAUUUUAAAAUGUCUUGCUUGAUUAUAUGGCAGGAAGCUGGUUCGUGUCCCUCGUCUUUGUCAUGUGCGGUUCUACAUUAGGUAUUAUGCUCUCCAAUAGCUAUAGUGUUAUAGGCUCUCUGGGGAUAUAUGAAACUGUGCACUGUGUGCUAAAAACAGGUACUAGAUAGAGAGUGAAGAAUUUCUGUUUAAUUCUGAAAGCAACCUUCUUGCCUAGUGUUCUGACGUUGGACAGUAAAAUCCGCAGACCAAUCUGUAGUUUAAAAUUCCCGUAAUUUAAAAUAUGCUCUAAAUGUUUAUUAUAUUUGAUGCUAUAGGAUUUGAAAUUAUAUUACAAAUCUGAUGAA